GAGGGAGGGGAGUGACCGACACAGUCUCGCUAGAAGCAGCAGCCGCGAUGGCCUCGUUUUCCUCCUCCUUCUCAUCGUCCCUGUCCCUGGCGGCGCUCGUAGGGGAGACGGUGAUGACGCCGUCGGGUCAGGCCAACGUCAUCUACCUGGCGGUGAACGAGAGCAGCCCGGGGACCCUCCUGCUGCAGCUGUGUGAGCUGCUGGCCACCACGCCGCUUCAGGGUUUGGUGUUCGAGGAAGAGAGGCCGCCGCCUCCGACCCGCGCCCCCCUGGCCCCCAUGCUGGAGUUUGUCUCCGCCCAGACCGGGGUUCCCGUGGUGGCCGUAGGGGGAGGGGCCAGCCUGGGCCGAGAGCAACAGGAGAGCGGGUCCAUCUACCUCCAGUUCACCUGCUCCACCUCGCUCCAGCUGGAGGUCAUCUUCGAGGUCCUGGAGGAGUACGACUGGACCUCCUUCUCUGUGGUCACCACCCGUCACCACGGCUACGAGGACUUCCUGGCCAUGGUGGAGGGGAUGACGGACGGCUCGUUCAUCGGCUGGGAGAAGAAGAGCGUGGUGAUUCUCAACGUGACGGAUGACCCCGGGGGGGCCCGAGCCAAGCGGAUGCUCAAAGACAACGAAGCGCAGGUGGGUCCAGGUCCUUCACUCGUCGCUUCUUUUGUCUCUCCUGGAAACAACGUUAAAACUUUCCCACUCAACGCACUUCUGAACACUAUGUGACAUGAAUCAGUUCAG